AUGUCCAACGAUCCCUCGGUGAGGCGCAUCUUGCCUCAGAGCUCCCAGAUGGGUAGCUUCUCGUUUGCGCCCCAGCAGUAUCCCCAAAGGGAAACCCAAAAGAACUAUGUUUUUGUGGAUGAACACAAUCGCCAUAAACGAUUGAAGGUUAUGAGGGCCUGUGAAGGAUGCAGAAGACGAAAGAUCAAAUGCGAUGCUGCCACGACCAACACCUGGCCAUGCUCAGCCUGUAUCAGACUGAAGCUUCAUUGUGUUCGCCCCAAUGGCCAGUACGACGGAACAUCUACCGACGGCACCGGCUAUGAGUCCCAGAGGGACGAGUUUGCCGCCGCAUCCUCUCAACUUCAAGACAGCUUUCGCCAGCAAGCUCCCAUGCAGCAACAAUCAAUCAUGGCAAGUGGCCAAAAGCCUGGCCCUUCCAUGUACGCCACUCAAGGCGCAUAUUCAGAUCACAAUGUCUUUCCCCCGGUGCCUUAUUCUGAUCAGUCGUCAAGCCAGCACAACAUCCAUUACACCACCGUUGCCCCCUCUGUCGGUAUGAUGGACCAGUCCUACGCCAGUCAGAAUGUGUUCCCGACACCGCCCCUUCAGCAAAGUUCACGACCCGAUUCACCCCCUGACACCUACUCCCAAGACGGCUCCUACCAGCAAGCCGACCUUGCCGAUCUCUUGGGCUCCUUGAAAGUCAAUGAAGCAGGCACAGCGCCGUAUUUGAGGAAUAAAGCCUCGUUCAGACAUGAAGAAGAACCAGCCGUGGAAGAAGCCGAUGACUACAAAGAAAUGCUUCCACCGUUGCCAUCUGGUCCUGGUCUCAAGAUUCGCAUCCCCCCUGAGCUGAUGCCGGAUGACGACACUGCUAUGCACUACUUCGAGCUAUUCUUCAGUCACGUGCAUCCCUACGUUCCUGUUCUUAGCAAGCCCAUGUUUUACCAUCAGUGGAACACCAACAGGCAUGCGAUGUCUCCUCUGAUUCUUGAGGCUAUCUUUGCCAUCGGCGGGAGACUUGCCGACGACCCUGCUCAAGGACAGCAAUGGCUUGCCUUGGCUUCAAAACACGCAGAUUCCUUCAUGGAUGUCCCAAGACUGAGCACUCUCCAGGCUUUGCUACUUAUUCUCAAGGCGAGAGAAGCGGCACCAAAGCGUGGCUACUACUACAGGUCAUGGAUGACGAUUGUUCAGUGUGUGCAGAUGGGCAAGGACCUUGGCUUAGACGAGCACUAUACCGAUCACCAGGCAGGACGUCCUUGCGGCUCUAAUCCAACGGAAUGCCAGAUGAAGAGCAGGAUCUGGCAAUCUAUCUUCGUUGGCGAAGUCAUGAUUGGCUCUCCCCAAGGGCGAUAUGAUCUUGCCGUCGAGCUGGAUACCAUCGAUUUCAGCGUUCCGCGCCCAAUUCAAGGUGGUGACGAUUCCGAGUAUCAUAUUACGCGAAAUUUCACGUACUUCGCACGAAUCGUCCGCAACGUCAGUCGGAUGAACACCACUUACGGGCACCUCAAGAAGAAGAAGACCAAGGACUGGGGAGUAGAUCCGGAAUUUGUGCAGCUCAAUCCCGCUUUGAAUGCAUGGUUGAACGACCUUCCUGCGGAUUUGUCGGUCACCUUCCCUCCGGAUGGCUCUCCUCCGUGGCUUUCGUCGCCGUACAUCGGAAACCUUCAUUCCUACUACUACCUGACCCUGAUUCUUCUACAUCGGCCACAGCUCAAUUUCCUUGACCCCAACGGAGUUGACGGCCAAUGGAAGCAACACAUGAUGAUUUGUUACUCGGCAGCCAAGGCCCUGUGCCGACUUCAGGAGGCCGUGUUGAAUAACUUCGGAUUUCCCGGUCUACAGUGCAUGCUUCGUGGUUUCAGUUUCACUGUCUACUGCGGACUGUGCUGUAUCGUUCUCCAUCUGGUGGCUGUAGUCUCACCAGAUCCGGACUUGAACACCGACGCGCGCGAGUACUUUGCUCGACAUAUGCGGGUUCUCGAAAAGGUCAUGUCGGUAUGGCCGAUGACGGAUCUUCAGAAGCAAGUGGAUGCAGUGCGAGAAGCAUUUUCUGCUGACAUCAGGAAACCUUUCGUGCUCAAGCCGAGCUUUCCCUACGGCAGUCCUCAGUCAUCCACCCACUCCAGUCCUCCUCGUGGCUACAGACCGGGCAUGGCUCGCACUGCCUCUCUAGACCACCAGUUGGACACACAAAACCUUCAACACUCCCAAGUCAGUUAUACCAGCCACCCCAUCACACCUCCUAUUUCUGCCGGGCCUGUGGAUACCAAGAGUGACUCGCCUGCUAUACAGUCGCUCGUCAUGAUGGCGAAUCAAGGAUCCCAAGCACCGGGGAUGCCGCAGACCAUGUCGCUGGCGGAACAGCAGGGCUGGAAUCCGAAUCGUAUUUUUGAGCAAUGGAACACGUCUUUUGGUACGCCUCAGGUCCAACCACAGCCUUCGACGCUGCCUCCCCAGUCCAAUUCGCUUAGUGUUUCUCCGUCUUCAGGUGCACCCGAAGCCCCGUCUCUUCAAGACAUACAAGCAGUAAAUGCCACCCUGCCAGUGGCUUCUCAGCAGAUGGCGCCGCAGUACUCGGCUGCUCCGGUGCAGCCAUUCAUCUCGCCAGCUAUGUGGCAAGAGUCCGUAGCGAGUGUAUACGAAGGCGGCCUCAAGCGGGGCUGGGAUUACGAUGGUGGUGGUCCCAUGAUGAAGCGGCGAUGA